AUGGAGGAGUCGUUCCUUCGGCCGAACGAGACAAACGAGCAGUUCUACAAGAGAUGCACGAACCUCAGCUACUUCGACUGCAGCGAGGAGGAGAUGCUGUGGUGGAUGAUGGGCCCGCGCCGGCUGCCGCUGCAAGAGAUAGUUCCCAUCUCCCUGGUGCUGGUGGUGAUCUUCCUGACUGGUGUAGCUGGGAAUGCGGCGGUCUGCGUCGUCAUCGUCCGCCAUCCUGCGCUGCAUACCGCGACUAACUAUUACCUGUUCAGCUUGGCGCUCAGCGAUCUGUUGCUGCUGCUGUUUGUAAUUGAAGUCGAAACAUGA